ACGUAACUUGUCCCCAAAGGAGUGGAGCAAGUGACAGGCUGUCAGUUGGAUGAGGCCGCAGGUGCAAGAAGAGGUCUAUGGGGCCACGAUUGAUUUGGACUUGGAGCCCCCUGAACUCAUAGAAGGAGAUCUAGUCGAGCUCACGAUCCCUGGUCGCGCAAUUCGACACUUUGACGGUCAGUUUGCGUGGAGGUCCGUAAUCUUGUCGCAAGACACGUGGCUAUGGACGUACAGGGAGCACCGGCCGUCGGAAGGAGUAGGCGUAGUGAGGGCCUACUUGUAUUUAGGACCGGAUGCGAUCAGGGAGACUGUAGUGGGCCUCGCGACGACAGGGAGUAGUUAUGCGGUUAGCAGGGCGCUACGCUACCUAGGGGAAGAGGUGGCUGCUUUCCGAGCGGAGGACGCGAGCGACCCGUUGACCUUAUUUCACGGACGCCCUCCUCUUGAUAUCACAGGCGAGCUCGUAAUAGCACGGGACGAGUUUUUCCCGUACAGCGUUAGGAGCCUACGGGCGAUAGUUCCGACGUUCGUAGUGGAGAGCGUCUUCGGAGGUAUUGGUGGAGUGGUCGAGACAUACCUGGCUUAUCAGGAUCUCAAGAUCCUGGCGAGAAGACCUGCCGACCUGGACUAUAUCUAUUAUUCGCUUGCGACCGGUGGGCCUCGUUGGGGAGACGAGAGGGUUCAGCUUAUAGAGCUGAUCCGCUCGAUAGACGACGAGUGGCCCCAGCCUUCGUACGUUUCGGAUUGGCUAGACCGUGAGCUCCGAGCAGGCCCCGAGUACGUGACUUGCAUCGGGCGGCUCAUCUCAGACGACUGGGGGAGCUGGUGGAAUGAGGACGCCGGGCGACCUCUGAUAUACGGCCAUCAGUUGACGGAAUACUACCAGGCUAUAGGACAGGCGCCAUACCGCUUCGAGGACGAGUUUGACGACGAGGGUUGGGAGCGAGAAGACGACGAGGAGCUGUGGGAGCCAGACUGGGUCGACCCAGAUAGGACGGAGCGAGUGCCUAUACGACACCUGGGGACGUGGCUCGCAGAGGGGCUGUUCCUCUGGACGGUGAUACUACGAGACGAACGACCCGAGAGGACUCAUGAUCUAGAAGGGGUCGGACAUCUGCUGGCCGACAGAGCGUACGAUUUGGAGAUAGGACUAACACUCGCAGGAGCGAGCAAGAGCUGGUGGAAGCGCGAGUUAUUGGCCAGAGCGAUCGUUAAUCAGCAAGUGGCGAGACGCUCUGGAGGCAGGACAAGUUGGAGUCACUUAGUAUACGGUCCACCGCAUCCAAGCCUUUACCCGAGAGAGGCUUGCCGAUUCGGGCUUCCUACUUUCGUGAUAGGGCAGACCUAUGAGAGCGUCAAUCGUUUAAGCAGAGCAGUGGACCACACACUUUACGUGCUCUGGGAGGGCUUAGCGCCCCGUUUCAAGGAAGUAUACUACGCCAUUUGUGUGAGGUGGGGGCCGCCCAGUAAGGAGACGCUUAAUGACAUCUUGGAUGUUACCAACUGGGUGGACUGUCUGAGGCCGAUCGAUUUGAUUAGGUACUGCAGGAGACGGGCAGAGAUCGAUUACGAAGGGCUAGAGGAAGCGAGAUUUCUCUUCGAGGCAGCAGCUUAGGGAAUGCCGGGAAGGACGMCUAYGGYGAUGCGGGUGGAGGAGCAACUGGUAAGCGCAGGAUACACGGUGACAGUACUUCUCCGAGCCUACUUAGACGAGGACUUGACGGCGAGCGAGUGCAGACAACGAGCCAAAGAUUUGAUCUACGAGCGCAGAGCAGGUGUACUUGAGCGAGUGACCUUCCAGACCUCAAUCACCUAUGACGUGAUGGUAUGGUCUCGUGGUUAUAUGCGAGCAGAGCACUUCCACGACGAGAYCGUAGCGGAAGCUAGAGCGAGRGUAGGAGGAUGAGCUGGAAAGAGAUGUGGGCUGAGUAUGGARGAGGAGAACGAGGCAGUAGAGAGAGUAAGAAAGCGUAUUAAGGAACCGCUCUUGGGCCGAGUAAAGAAGCUGGGGGACA